GUUUUCAUUGGUUAAACUUCAAUUGCGCCAAUGAUGGCCGACGACUCAAUUGUGUUGACUAAAACUGCGUCAGUAAAUCAACAAAUUCGGAACCCAGCAAUAUCUAAGAUGGAUGAGAAAAAUACGACUAACUCAGGAAGUGAUGUUCUGCCAGAUAUCGGGGACCGCUUUAUGAUCAAAAGAUCUGAUGACACUUGGCACGCUGCUGAAGUUGUUCAAACGAGACAAAGUGAUCACUCCGGUCCAGGAGUGAAACCUGAAUUUUACGUUCAUUAUGACGGCUUCAAUCGGCGUCUCGAUGAAUGGGUUGAGAUUGAUAGAUUUGAUCUUUCCAGUAAGAUUGAAGACCAACAAUCCAAAGUAAAGGAAUUAACCAUAUCCUUGACAGAUCUAACCGAUGGUACUGACAGGAAAAUUACAAGGAAUCAAAAACGUAAACAUGACGAAAUUAACCACAUUCAGAAAACUUAUGCUGAAAUGGACCCAACUACCGCUGCUUUGGAGAAGGAGCAUGAAGCUAUAACAAAGGUCAAAUAUAUUGACAAGAUCCAAAUUGGGAAGUAUGAAAUAGAUGCCUGGUAUUUUUCACCAUAUCCAGAAGAAUAUGGAAAGCAGAGCAAGUUGUGGAUCUGUGAAUAUUGUUUGAAAUAUAUGCGCCUGGAAAAAUCUUACAGAUAUCACCAGACACAAUGUUUCCAAAGACAUCCACCAGGAAAGGAAGUUUACAGACGUGGAACUAUAUCAGUUUUUGAAGUUGAUGGAAAAGAUGCGAAGAUUUACUGUCAAAAUCUGUGUUUGCUUGCUAAGCUGUUUCUUGAUCAUAAGACAUUGUAUUUUGAUGUUGAACCUUUUUUGUUUUAUAUUUUGACAGAAGUUGACAGAGCGGGCUGUCAUUUGGUUGGUUACUUCUCAAAAGAGAAAGAGUCGCCAGAUGGUAAUAACGUUGCCUGUAUUCUUACACUACCCCCAUUUCAGCGUAAAGGAUAUGGGAAAUUCAUAAUUGCUCUCAGUUACGAAAUCUCUAAGAUAGAUGGAAGCGUGGGCUCGCCUGAAAAACCCUUAUCUGACUUGGGCAAACUGAGCUACAGAAGUUAUUGGUCGUGGGUGCUACUGGAAAUAUUACGAGACUUUAGAGGAACUUUGACAAUCCGAGAUUUGAGUCGAAUGACAAGCAUUACACAAAAUGAUAUCAUUAGCACAUUACAGUCAUUGAAUAUGGUGAAAUACUGGAAAGGACAACAUGUGAUCUGUGUAACACCCAAGUUAGUUGAGGAACAUCUAAAGAGUGCUCAGUAUAAAAAGCCCCCUAUAACCGUGGAUGUUUCUUGUCUAAGAUGGGAGCCACCGAGGAGGGGAUUUAAAAUGAUGAAAAAGUGAAUAUGAAACCUUUGAAAUUACAAAUGUAUUGUUAAUGUAUGAUCGUGUAGAUACACAAUAUUGGACAGCAAUCGGACAAUACAGUAGAAUCUGUAUGAGCAGCCACUAUACUCCUAUUCAUGUACAUGUAAGAAUUAAGCAAGUCUGUACUGUUGAUGUAUAUUGACUUUCUGUCUGUUAACACAAUGUAAAUAUAAAUAAUAUGCAUUGCUUUAGUAGAGUUUGUGCAUCUUUUGUUAAGUUGAAAAUAAAUUGUGCAAAAAUA